GGUGUGCCCCCUUUUGUUCUACGGUCGUGUCGCCUUGCAUUCUAGCUCUUUUCUUUUUUUUCCCAUUCGUUUUCGUUGGCCUGGUCGCCAUGCGCAGUGCGUGAUUGUCAACUUUCAAAAAAUACCCGCCUUUUAUAUUCUGGAUCCUCGCCACGUUUUGGAGAAUCCUGUCAACAGAGAUCUUCGACUACUAUCCCGGUCAAUCACCACCUUCUCUCCUAUCGACCUUUGGUGGGCCUAGACCUGACUGAUCCUGGACCCCGAAAUUGGAUCGAAUCUCAAUCCAGUGCAAAUUGAUCUCUCCUCUGGUUGAGAUACUCGACCUGCGACUCCCUCGUCGGCGGACAUCUUCAUCAUCCUCAACAACAUGGCGGGUGGUGAACGUGCCACCAAGCUGGGCCAUGCCCUCGCUAAGGGUCUCGGCAUCAAAGUCGCCUAUCGUGAUCCCCUGGGUCCUGCGACGGACCCGGUCACUCGCGGCGAGUCGACUUUCUCAGUCGGCACUGUCGACACUUAUUCUUACACUGAGCCUGAGCCUACUAGCAUCGAGUGGAUUCGCGAGAUUACGCCCACGGGCCAGCAAGUGCUCAACUAUCUGAUCAGCCUGUUCCCUUUCCUCAGAUGGAUCAGCCGAUACAACGUUCAGUGGCUGAUUGGUGACCUGGUUGCUGGUAUCACUGUGGGAGCGGUUGUCGUGCCUCAGGGUAUGGCAUACGCUAAACUGGCUGACUUGCCCGUGCAAUUCGGUCUAUACUCUUCGUUCAUGGGUGUCUUGAUCUACUGGUUCUUUGCUACUUCCAAGGAUAUCACUAUCGGACCUGUGGCCGUCAUGUCUACUCUGACCGGCACAAUUGUGCUCGACGUCGCAGAUAAGUUGCCCCACGUUCCAGGCCACGAGGUCGCCUCUUGCUUGGCGGUGAUCCUGGGUGGUAUCGUUUGUCUGCUGGGUCUGCUCCGACUUGGUUUCAUUGUGGACUUUAUCCCCCUCCCGGCCAUUUCUGCCUUCAUGACAGGCUCUGCGAUCAACAUCUGCGCGGGUCAAGUCACGACCUUGCUCGGCCAAACCAAGACGGUCAACACCCGCGGUCCAACCUACUUGACCAUCAUCAAUACCCUCAAAGCUCUCCCCAGCUCAACCCUCGGUGCUGCCAUGGGUGUCACGGCCUGUGCGAUGUUGUACAUGAUUCGUGCAGGCUGCACUUACGCCGCGAAGAAGCAGCCACACCGCGCGAAGACUUGGUUCUUCAUCUCAACCCUGCGUACCGUGUUUGUCAUCCUGUUCUAUACCAUGAUCAGUGCUGCCGUGAACAUCCACCGCCGGGACAAGCCAGCUUUUAAGCUGCUGGGAAAAGUGCCUCGUGGUUUCCAGAACGCUGCUGUGCCGAAGAUGGACACCGAGGUCAUCAAGGCCUUUUUGAAUCAGCUUCCCGCCGCCGUGAUCGUCCUCUUGAUCGAGCACAUUGCUAUUUCCAAGUCCUUCGGCCGUGUCAACAACUACACCAUCGACCCCUCCCAGGAAUUUGUCGCUAUUGGUGUCACUAACCUGCUGGGUCCUUUCCUGGGUGCUUACCCGGCUACCGGUUCGUUCUCUCGUACUGCGAUCAAGUCCAAGGCUGGUGUUCGCACUCCUCUCGCUGGUGUCAUUACCGCUGUCGUCGUGCUGCUUGCUAUCUAUGCUCUUCCCGCCCUCUUCUUCUACAUUCCCAAUGCCUCGCUCGCCGGUGUCAUCAUCCACGCCGUGGGUGAUCUGGUGACUCCCCCAACACCGUCUACCAAUUCUGGCGGGUUGCUCCUCUCGACGUCAUCAUCUUCUUCGUCGAACGGUAUCUACUGCACCAUCUGUGUGUCCUUGGCUGUUCUGCUCUUCCGCAUGGCCAAGGCCCGCGGCCAGUUCCUCGGUAAAGUCAAGGUGCACUCCGUGGUCGGCGACCACUUGUUGGAUGGCGAUGGCAAGUAUGGUUCCUUCGGUGCCUCCCGUGCUGUAUCUGGGGACGAAGACCCCACUCAUCGGUCCAUCUUCCUGCCCGUCAACCACGCCGACGGCUCCAACCCCGACAUCGAGAUUGAGCAGCCUCACCCGGGUAUCUUCAUUUACCGCUUUUCCGAGGGCUUCAACUACCCCAACGCGAACCACUACACCGACUACCUGGUGCAGACCAUCUUCAAGCACACCCGUCGCACGAACUCCAACGCCUACCGCAACCGCGGUGACCGCCCCUGGAACGACCCCGGCCCCCGCCCUGGCAAGAAAGACGCCGAUGAAGACGACCAGCGCCCUCUUUUGCAAGCCGUUAUCCUGGACUUCUCCUCUGUCAACAACGUGGACGUCACCUCGAUUCAGAACCUGAUCGACGUGCGCAACCAGCUCGACCUGUACGCCUCCCCUCGCUCCGUGCAAUGGCACUUUGCCCACAUCAACAACCGCUGGACCAAGCGUGGUCUCGCCGCCGCCGGCUUCGGUUACCCCACCCCGACUUCUAGCGAGGGCUUCCACCGCUGGAAGCCAAUCUUCAGCGUUGCCGAGAUCGAGGGCAGCUCUUCCGCCGCUGCGCACGCUGAGAUGGUCAACAACAAGCGCGAGCACAACCUGCACCACGUUAAGGAUGUGGAGGCAGGUCUGAAGGAUCACUCUGCCACAACCGAGACCGAGACUCAUGGUAUCGAGACUGCUUCCGAGGACAGCCAGCCUGUUCACGACGACAAGCUAUCCCGCGAUCUGACCUCCAGCCACGCCUACAACCAACGGCGCAAGGUCGCCAUCGUGCAAGGCAUGAACCGUCCAUUCUUCCACAUCGACUUGACCAGUGCUCUGCAGAGUGCCGUUGCGAACUCGUCCAACGAGAUCCCCCACGUCUAA